GAAAGCUAUAAAAGCAAAGACUCGCUGUGAAUGCAAAACAGUUCAGAAAUUGAAACGCGGCUAUCUGUGCGAUACGUCCAACCGAAAUCACACACUUGAACGUCUUGAGUUUCGAAUACAUAUAGAAAACCCAUCGAGUUCCCUUUUUUUUUGGUUGCUCCGUCGAUUAGCAAGUGAACAAGCUCGAAAGCGCGUUGAGCAGAACAGAACAGAGAAUAAUAGAACGGUAUACAGUAUAUACGGUAUACAGUGUACAGCGAAGAGAUUGGAGAUUCCAUCUAGCGAAGCAACCACCAAAUAACCACCACAAACAGCACAAAAAUGGCCGAGGCUAACAAGAGGAAUAUCCCCAUCAAGCUGGGCGACUUCAGCGUCAUCGACACGGAGUUCAGCAACAUCCGCGAGCGCUUCGACUCCGAGAUGCGCAAAAUGGAGGAGGAGAUGGCCAAGUUCCGUCACGAGCUGAUGAACCGCGAGGCGAACUUCUUCGAGUCCACCAGCUCUACUAAAAAAACAACAACGACCAGCUCAACGACAAACUCGGCACUGCCAUCCCGUAUCCCAAAGCAACAGAACUACGUCUCCGACAUUAGCUCACCCUUGAUCCAGGAUGAGGGCGACAACAAAGUGCUGAAGCUGCGCUUCGAUGUCAGCCAGUAUGCACCCGAGGAAAUUGUGGUGAAGACCGUCGACCAGAAGCUAUUGGUGCACGCCAAGCACGAGGAGAAGUCGGACACAAAGAGCGUGUACAGGGAGUACAACCGGGAGUUCCUGCUGCCCAAGGGCGUCAAUCCCGAGUCCAUCCGCUCGUCCCUCAGCAAGGACGGAGUCCUGACCGUGGACGCCCCCCUGCCAGCACUCACCGCCGGCGAGACACUGAUUCCCAUUGCGCACAAGUGAAGGCCAGCCCAGUUGUCCAGUUGUCCAGCUAUCCAGUCACCAUGGUCCCAGGCGGACGAGGAGCAGGAGAAGUGCGAGCUGCCGCCGAUCAGAUUAAAUCAUACACACAUUGAGUUUAAUCCAAUCCUAUCUAAAUGAUUAAUUUUUUUGGUUCUGACUUAAAGCUAAACUAUGUUACUGACGUACUACUCAUUAACUUAAAUAUAAUUGAAAUUAUUAUUAAAUUUGAUUAAUUUAAUUCAUAUUUAUAAUUUUCGCAUUAAACGUAAUCAAUUUUGUCGUAGUUGCCCCCAUUGGUUUUCCUUUCCUUCCAUCGAAAAUAAAUCAAUAUUCAUCCAACCGAGCGGAUUUUGAUCAGUGAGUUGUGUGCAUCAUUGAGCUUUUUCACUUUUACACGCUGAAUUGGAAUGAUGAUGUACGUUAAUUGAAAUGAUGAUGUACGUUUCCCUUUAGGGAAUCGAGAGGCUUGAAUAAAGUAUAUGGAUUUCAUUUUUA